ACGUAACGUACGUGUCGGUUGUUUAAUAAAGUCGAUUAUUUAAACAGUCGUAAGAGAAAUAAUCCAACAACGUCGACUACUUAGCAUUUCUUUCAAUGUUUAGCAGCGUGGUAAGAUGAUAGGGAAGUAUCUUAUAGAUCAAUUCCUUUUAUUGUUUUCGCUACCAGCAUCUUUAAUCUAACUAUCACGAUUUUUGAAUAUCAGAUUUUAAACUUUUACUCUAUCGAUCAAAAUAUGGCAUGAUAGAUAAUUCUAUAUUAAUAUCAAACUUAUGGCAUCCCGGAUAAUUCUUCUGUAUCGUGGCAAUUAUGCUUGGGAAUUGAAAUCGCUACUUCCUCGACCAAGAAAAAAAUUUGCUGUUAUUUCUGCUGCUUCGGUAGCAAAAUAAUUUCUCCUGUUAUUGAUGUUAAUAGUGUUUCGUCUUCAUUGAGUGUGAUCACGCAAGAUAAGUAUGUUAGGUCGAUUUAUUUAAGUCCUAUUCCGACUGAAUAAAGGAUGAUAUAUCUAAUUACGUGCAACAUUCUCGAAACGAAGCAUUUCUUGGCAUCGAACGAAGUCAAUUCUUGAAUAUAAAUUAAGAGGAACUCGUGUUCUAGCCUACGUAAUGCCCAUAUAAAAUAUUUAAAGGAGGGGGAAGUAUGUUAGAAUAUCAUGACUUUAUAUUAAAACUAAUGACUACCCUAACGAAUACUUUGCUACAGAAUAGUUUAAUAUUAUUUUUAUUGCUGAAAAACCAGUUGUUUAAAUGCAAUUAAAGUAUUCCUUGUAUAAAUGAAAAAAGUAUUCACUACUUUCUACCACUAAUAAGCAUAAAUAUGAAAAUAACAGAAGAACGGAAUUCACUUUAUUAUCCUCUUAACUAGGAUAUGGCAUAAUGCUUUUAACUGAUUUUUCUUACACGAGUUUUAUUUUAUUAUAGUGGAAACUCACGAUUUACAUUUAUCUUUUGAUAAUAUCAGUGGAAAAUAUAGGCACGAGAUUUUUGCACUGUACCGUAAAUAUUCCUAUAUCCUACAGGGGGCCUGGGGUCCACAUUGGGAUCAGCCUUCUAGGGAUAGAUCGUAAACAUCGAAUGUCAGGGUCGUUGUAUGUGACAAGAAAUAUAUCUCUUUGGAAUUUCGUCCCAUCUCUUUGCGUGGGAUUAAAGCUGAAGUGAAUCCAACAAGUUUUCUUACAAUAUGGUGGCGACAAAUAGGAAACUAAUUCGGGUUUAUGAAUCUGGUGUCAUCCUUGUGCACGAUAUUCAAUUAAUCCCCACUUAGUAAAGGGGAUCAUCAUCUACCUGUUUCAACAAUCAACGAUGGAUUAUUUUUAUACUGAUAGUCAGAAUAUCGAUUCCGGUGAGAUAGAUGCUGAUGGUGUCUAUUCUUCCAAAUUGUUCUCCGAUUUCUCUUCUUGCGGGGCUUCCUAUAAUCCUAAAUCGGACAUGUCCAGUUAUGUCAGCGGAAGGACAUCGCCGGGACACGAUCUGGGAUACCACACUCUUCUUACUCGACCUAGUGUUUCUUCGACGCCUAUCCACACACCAACUAUACCUAGAAGACCUUUCGAAAUCUCUUCUGGAAGUACGUGGGAUGUAACCUCAUCUAGUAGAGAUUCCCCGUAUCCUCAACCACAGGACAGAAUACAGAUGCCUAAUUGUUCUCAGCUCGCUCCUACUACAGGAAAAAUACCAGCGGCUCAAUUUAAAGGAAAAAAAUCGCCGCGAUCAUCUCCCUUUGAUCGGCUUCCGGACGAUCUGAUCUUAAAGAUUUUCUCCUACCUCAGUAGUAAUCACCAUUGUGUAUGUGCCCGUGUAUGUCGAAGGUGGUAUUUUUUAGCAUGGGAACCUCAAUUAUGGACGAAUAUUUCUUUAAAUAGCGAUAAAAUACACGUAGAUCGCGGACUGAAAACAUUGUUCCGUUUGUUAUGCAGAGAUUCUCCCACUGUUUGUCUAACUGUAGAGAAGAUCACACUUAACGGUUGUUCCAGGCUUACUGAUACAGGAAUAUCUAUUAUUGCUCGAAGAUGUCCUGAACUUAGAUGCUUGGAAAUUCGAGGAUGUGGAAAUAUAACCAAUGCUGGCAUAAGUGAACUGGUAUCAAAAUGCCAUAAUUUAGAAAAAUUGGAUAUUACAGGUUGUUAUCAAGUUACAAAUAUCCAACCAAGUUCUAAUUCGAAUGUAUCGCAAGAAAAUGAAGCUGUUCUACCAGCCAGCCUUACGAGACAAUUAUAUAUUCAAUAUUUAGAUCUAACCGAUUGCCAAUUGUUAGACGACAAUGGAUUAAAGACAAUAGUAAGGAACUGCCCUCAACUUACUCAUCUUUAUCUUAGAAGAUGUGUUCAAAUAACCGACGCGGGUGUCAAACACGUAGCUAGUUACUGUGUUGCUUUACGCGAAUUAAGUGUUAGUGAUUGUCUACAGAUUACAGACUUUGGAAUGUACGAACUGGCAAAAUUAGGACCGAAUUUGCGUUAUUUGAGUGUGGCAAAAUGCGACCAAGUUUCCGAUGCCGGAAUUCGUCAAAUCGCUCGGCAUUGUUACAAACUAAGAUAUCUGAAUGUUCGUGGCUGUGAAGCUGUUUCGGAUAACAGCGUAGAGGUAUUAUCUAGAAGCUGUCCACGUUUACGAGCAUUAGAUAUAGGAAAAUGUGAUGUUACUGAUCACGGUUUAAAACUUCUUUCCGAGAGUUGUCCAAAUUUAAAAAAAUUAAGUGUUAAAUCGUGUGAUUUGGUUACAGAUAACGGUAUACAAUCCAUAGCGUAUUACUGUCGUGGUUUGCAACAGCUCAAUAUACAAGACUGUAGAAUAACUAUUGAAGGAUAUCGUACUGUUAAGAAGUUCUGUAGGAGAUGUAUUAUAGAACAUACUAACCCUGGAUUUUAUAACAAAUCCCCGAGGCAAUUGUUCUCAGUUCAAGGUUGUGUCAUUCAGCAUAUCAGAAUUGGUCCUGAAGCACGAAAUUUAAGUUGUUAUCAAGUUACAAAUAUCCAACCAAGUUCUAAUUCGAAUGUAUCGCAAGAAAAUGAAGCUGUUCUACCAGCCAGCCUUACGAGACAAUUAUAUAUUCAAUAUUUAGAUCUAACCGAUUGCCAAUUGUUAGACGACAAUGGAUUAAAGACAAUAGUAAGGAACUGCCCUCAACUUACUCAUCUUUAUCUUAGAAGAUGUGUUCAAAUAACCGACGCGGGUGUCAAACACGUAGCUAGUUACUGUGUUGCUUUACGCGAAUUAAGUGUUAGUGAUUGUCUACAGAUUACAGACUUUGGAAUGUACGAACUGGCAAAAUUAGGACCGAAUUUGCGUUAUUUGAGUGUGGCAAAAUGCGACCAAGUUUCCGAUGCCGGAAUUCGUCAAAUCGCUCGGCAUUGUUACAAACUAAGAUAUCUGAAUGUUCGUGGCUGUGAAGCUGUUUCGGAUAACAGCGUAGAGGUAUUAUCUAGAAGCUGUCCACGUUUACGAGCAUUAGAUAUAGGAAAAUGUGAUGUUACUGAUCACGGUUUAAAACUUCUUUCCGAGAGUUGUCCAAAUUUAAAAAAAUUAAGUGUUAAAUCGUGUGAUUUGGUUACAGAUAACGGUAUACAAUCCAUAGCGUAUUACUGUCGUGGUUUGCAACAGCUCAAUAUACAAGACUGUAGAAUAACUAUUGAAGGAUAUCGUACUGUUAAGAAGUUCUGUAGGAGAUGUAUUAUAGAACAUACUAACCCUGGAUUUUAUUAAUAUGUAACGGAUAAUUAGAAAAGUUUUAUUUAAAAUGUGAAAGGGAAUGGUUUGUGCCAUAAGGCUGUGUGAAAGAUAUUAUUGAUAAUGACAGAUUUAAUAUUAUCAGUAGGCUUUAAUCAAGAAACAAAUUAUUAAAAUUAUCGCUCAAUUAUUAUUUGUUGAUAAAUAAUAGCAAAAAAAAAAGAAAAAAAAUUUAACUAAAAUAUUUGUAUAUAAUAGAGUGGAAAAAAAAUAUAUUUUUUAAAUACUGUGAUCAACUAUUCCAUUUCAUUUGAUCAGUUAUUAACCAAUCAUCUCGAUAAUUUAUAAUUGUGAUUAACAGAAUGGGAAAAAGGAAAAUAUUCAAAUAUUCCUUAAAUCGAAUAUUGUACUUAAUAUAGGCCUAUAUUUUAUGACAGUUUUUAAUAUCGUUCCAAGUUAAGCAGAUAAUUU